UUACAGGUGGUUAAUGAUUAGCACAAAAAGUGCAAGGCAAGCACAGUGGCAAUGAAGACCAGAUAGUUACUGGAAAAGCCCUAGAAAUUUCUUAAUAUGAAAUAACUGCUUCUAGUGAUCUCUUCUUCACAGGACGAGACAAUAUAGGGGAACAACAGAAAAUUCAUCUUUCCAAAGUACCUGCAAAAGGAGUGAGAUCUCCAGGCAGGUUUUUUCUGAAAGCAGGUCCUAAACUCUGAAACCGAUGGAUGCUGCAGAGUUCCGGAAGAGAGGGAAGGAGAUGGUGGACUACAUUGCAGAUUACCUGGAGAAUAUCGAUAAAAGACAAGUCUUCCCAGAUGUGGAACCAGGAUAUCUAAGGUCUCUCAUUCCAGACUGUGCACCACAGAAUCCUGAGAGCUUUAAGGAUGUCUUUAAAGAUAUUGAGAGGAUCAUCAUGCCAGGGGUGACUCACUGGCACAGUCCGUACUUUUUUGCCUACUACCCUGCAGGCUCUUCCUUCCCAACUCUUCUUGCAGACAUGUUGUGUGGUGGAAUAGGUUGUGUGGGCUUCUCUUGGGCUGCAAGUCCAGCUUGCACAGAGCUGGAGACUGUCAUGCUGGAUUGGCUAGGGAAAAUGAUUAAUUUGCCUGAAGAGUUUUUAGCUGGGAAGGAUGGCCAAGGUGGAGGAGUCAUUCAGGGAAGUGCCAGCGAGGCCACCCUGAUGUCACUGCUUGCUGCAAGAACAAAAACUAUCAGGCGGGUGCGGUCGGAAAAGCCUGAGCUGACAGAAGCAGACAUCAUGGGCAGGCUGAUGGCCUAUGCUUCUGAUCAGGCUCAUUCGUCAGUGGAAAGGGCUGCGUUAAUUGCUGGUGUGAAGAUGAAAAAUGUUUCUUCUGAUGAGACAUUUUCUGUUUGUGGUUCAGCCCUACAGAAAGUUUUGGAUGAAGACAAAGCUUCUGGUCUUAUCCCAUUCUUUUUCUGUGCAACACUUGGAACCACACCUUGCUGCUCCUUUGACAAGCUGUUAGAAUUGGGUCCUAUUUGUAAUAAAGAGAAUAUCUGGAUGCAUAUUGAUGCAGCCUAUGCUGGAAGUGCAUUCAUCUGCCCUGAAUUCAGGCAUCUUUUAAAUGGAGUGGAGUUUGCAGAUUCAUUUAACUUUAAUCCUCACAAAUGGCUACUAGUGAAUUUUGACUGCUCCACUAUGUGGGUGAAAAAAAGAUCAGAUUUAACAGGUGCCUUUAAAUUAGAACCUCUUUACCUGCAGCAUCAGCAUCAAGAAUCUGGCCUUGUAACAGAUUACCGGCACUGGCAGAUCCCUCUGGGGAGGAGGUUCCGCUCUCUGAAGCUCUGGUUCGUGCUGAGGAUGUACGGGGUCACCAAACUGCAGGAACACAUCCGUAAGCACGUCAGGCUGGCACAUCAGUUUGAACAUUUGGUCCUUCAGGAUGAACGAUUUGAGAUCUGUGCUGAGGUUAUCUUGGGUCUGGUCUGCUUUCGGCUGAAGGGCUCAAACGAACUCAACGAGGCAUUUCUUAAAAGCAUAAAUGAGGCCAAGAAGAUUCAUCUCGUCCCAAGCCACCUGGGAAAGAAGUUUGUGCUUCGUUUUGCUGUUUGUUCCCGCACAGUGGAAUCCACCCACAUCAAGUUUGCCUGGCAGCACAUCUCACAGCUGGCAACUCAUCUUCUGAACACAAGGGAGCAAAACCUCCAGCAGCAGUAACAGCAGUGAAGUAGCAGUGGGGAGGAGGUAAUUAACUGCCUUUCUCUGCUUUGCCAAGUUCUAUUUUAGGGGCAGGUGGCAAAGUCGAAUUAUGAAGGAAAAAAAUAGAAAACCUGUUGUUAUGUAGCCCAGCUGCAAUAGCAAAAGCCUUGCCAGCAAGUUGUGUUGUAACCAUAGUCAUUCCUUCUCUGUGCUGUAGUUUCGUCUUGCCAUGGCACGUAGCCAUGGGGACUCCAGAUGUCGUUUCUUACCAGUUUGUAAUCAAAAGUAUUUAUUGAACCAGGCAAUGGAAAUAGAAAGGCUGGUGCUCCCUCCGUUGUCCCCAUUAACCUAGAGCACUCCAACUCCUUUCUUCACUGAUUAAACUGUGAGGUGUUGUAACCCAUUAACAUUACUAUGACUUCAGAAAGAAAGCAAAUGGGCAAAAGUUCAGUAACCUGAUUAUAACUCUUUUCAGGUCCUAUGGAAACAGAGACUGCAAAUGUUGCUGUUGUUUGGGGCACUAUCAUGUAAUGACAGGCUGGCUGCAGCCAUUUGGUAAAUAGAGUGAGGACUUCAACAAUUCCUUUAUUACACGGCCAGAUCAGGGAGGAGUAAGAAUGAAAUUAGUGCUAACCAUCCUUAUAGCAGGCUCUCUAUUUUCCUUUAAAGAGUUUGCUUUUUCCACAGCCAUUUUGUCAAAUCUUAUCAAACAGAUUAUGCUGGCUAUUGGUUUUCACUUUGAUCACUCAUAAUGAUGUAUCUUAAAAGCUCCUUCUUAAGACUUCUAUCAAAAGCCAAGUGCUAGUUGAUAUUCUAUAUUUUUAACCAAGCAGUGAUUGCUUGAAAAUAAUCUGGAAACCACAUUCUGUGAAAUGGAGUUGAGACUUCUUUUUAUGGCUAUCAUUCUUCUUACUUCAUUGUGUAAUAAGUCUUUGACAGAAUGUGCUAAGAAAUGCAAUGGCAUUCAUUUCUGAGAUUAGCUAACAAGCAAGAUAACAACUACAAUAAUAAUAGAAAUUUAGAGAACUAUCCCCCAAAAUGUGCUGUGGUACCCCCAUCAGUGGUUUCAUAUGGUUGCACAGAAUAUGAAAAUAUUGGAAAAAAAUUAACCCUUACAGGAUCAAGAUACCUCAGCAGGGAAGGCAGUGGCAUGCUGUCCUUCUGUAAGGCUAGCCAGAGGCUACAUUACCCACCCCCCAAAAAAAAGCUCAUUAGUAUUUCUUUAAGGAAUUGAUUUUACAGAUAACAGAGGAACUAAGGGAUGAUGAAUAAAUAUAGUGAAACUAAGUAAUAUAUGGCUGAGCUAUUGUCCAUGACACUAAGCUACAGUAUCAGAAAUGUUGAUAAAUUUUGAUAGCACCAUUAUCUUUAGCAGAACCAAUAUGAAAUUGGGUUAUUCUGCAGUGGCAUAAUUCAAUAGAUUGGUAGACUAAAGAGAGCAGAAAAUGCUGGCAUUUGUUUCCAUUCUUUGUCAUUUUUUUUUUUUUUUCAAAUCAAUGUUAUUCUGUUCUUGUAACUUGAGAAACAAUUCAUAGCACAUACAGUCCACAUUGAUAGAAUUCUACAGCUUUUCCUUUGUGGAAACACUGUAAUUCAUGAGACAGAGCAGAGUUUCACCUUCUCUAUGGGACAGAACUGUAUUUUGUAUGUGAAAUAUAUAAGCAGGUCUGUCUGGGGGGGAAAAAAUAUCUGAUUUAUCAGAGUAAAUCCAGGAUAGUUCCACUGAAAUGAAAUUUAAUUGUUUGGGUUUGUGUGACUAUAACUGAAAUGAAAAUCUAACUAAUAAGUAUUGGAAAGAAAUGCAUAAAGCAGGGUAACACUAGACUGAACAUAAAAGGAUUUUGGUGAAGAUUUCUCCAUGGAUACCAGAGGAGAGGUGUGUGAUGCAUGGCUCUGUGAGCCCAGAACUGCUGCGGAAUAGGAAUGUGGGCAGGAUACACACCCAGACCCAGGAAAGGUGAAAUGUUCCCACCAGGCAAGAAUUAGACUAAGUCCCUCUAGACAUUUGUAGGAAAACAGUGUCAAAACUGAUAUUUAGUUAAACAUUUUUCAGUAUAUGGGUAUCAGUUUUAGAAGAGGUAUCUGUUGUCUGAUCUGUUGUCCAGAUACUAAGACUCCUUUUGGCAAAGAAUUUAGGAUAAGAAUUAAUUAAAAAUAUUAUAGAUGCAGGCAAAGUUAAUUUAUUUACAUUUAUUUACAUUUUUAAAGAAGUGAUGUAAGUAAAGCAGUGACAAGACCCAUGGAAUUACAUUUCUCCAUGAUCAGCCCAAUACAGAAAUACAAAGUUCACAGCUCAAGGUUUUCUGAAUUUGUGGCACGAUUUGAAUAUGUAACUGGUGAAGUGAAGGCCUUCUUAGUAUCCUCUUUCUUCCAUGUGAUAAUUCCUUCAUAGACUAUUAAUGAUAGGUCAUUUGAAAAUGAAAUAGGAGCUAUGUAAUCAACUCAAGAACAAAAGCAUUAAAUAAAGAACAUUUUUGAUAGGAGAACACAACUGCUGUUUCUGUUCUGUAGCUUUGCAAUGUAUCUGUAGGUGACAAAUUUAUGAAUAGUUAGUAUGUGAACCUGGAUUUAUUGUGCCCUGUGUGCAAAAACUAAUAUUGUCUGUGCCAAUUAUGUUUAAUAUUAAAAAUCAUUCCAAAGUCUCAGAAUUGUGCUUUAGUAGAAUAUCCAUAUCACAAGGGAGACAGCAUGGCUACUGAAGAAGGUGGGAAAAUAACUUUUCAGGAACCAUACACAUUUUCUUUUAAACUGGUUGAGUGCUAAUACAAUACUUAAAUUCUUAAUGAUAAUGACAGAUUAUAAAUAUAUUUUAUUACUGGUGGUGGCAUAUUGAAAAAAUGUGUAUUUAUGGAAGUGCUGCUGAUAUAUUAUACUCUUAACUGCACUAUAAUUUAUAAAUGUCUGAUUUGCUCUUGCCUUUAAAUGUAAGAUUCUGCUUAUGGUUGCUCCUUAUUGUCCUUAUUGCCUCCUGUAAGAAUACUACAUCUGAUGAGAAGUACUCACAUUGCAGUUGCUCUAGAACAGCAUUCUGAUCCUUGAGAUAUGCAUGAACCUGAAUGGCACAAAGACAGGAGCAAAUGAGAAAUAAAACUGAGAACCCUGAAGACCAGAGUGGUGGGGGCAGAUUAACCAGCCAUCAGUGGAUAAUCUCUACAUAGCAGAUCUAGACUCUACAUGAGCUAAAUGGAAAAAUAAUCAGGUAUUUAGUGCUUUUUGAUUAUAAUUUGUGAACUGUUGUGCUGCUUUAAAACCUGUAUCCAAAGCCUGUAAAACAAACAUGUAGGUUUUAAUUGGCAGCAUUAAUAAAUGGAAACAAAACU